AUGUCCUCCUCCGCUCCCGAACAGGACCUGUCCCCCGCCGACCUGGCGCGACGCGAUCAAGAGGAGAAAGACCGCAAGGCCCGCGAAGCCGCCGAGCAAGCCCAGCUCCCUUACCAAUGGACCCAGACCAUUCGUGACGUCGACAUCACUGCACCGAUUCCCGCCAACAUCAAGGGCCGUGAUAUGGAUGUCUCUUUGACCAAGACCAAGAUCCGAGUCGCCAUCAAGGGUCAGGAGCCGAUCAUCGAGGGCGAUCUCCCUCAUGCGAUUCUCGUCGAUGAGUCCUCUUGGACUCUGGAGACUACCUCCAAGCCUCCGGGGAAAGAAGUGAGCAUUCACCUCGACAAAGUCAACAAGAUGGAAUGGUGGGCACAUGUGGUCAAAACGGCCCCCAAGAUCGAUGUGUCCAAGAUCACCCCUGAAAACUCGAGCUUGAGUGAUCUCGAUGGGGAGACUCGUGCCAUGGUGGAGAAGAUGAUGUAUGAUCAGCGACAAAAGGAGAUGGGUGCGCCCACGAGCGACGAGCAAAAGAAGAUGGACUUGUUGAAGAAGUUCCAGGAACAGCAUCCGGAAAUGGAUUUCUCCAAUGCAAAGAUGGGCUGA